GGUUCCUAAUAGCAACAGAAGCAGCCGCCAAAGCUCCAGCUGGUCCACCCCAGAAGAGGAUGUGUGUAAAAGGGAGAGAGCAUCUCCCUCAUUCGCAGUAGCAUUCAAGCCACAGCCCAGGCAGCCAGAGAGGAAGAGAGGAUCUGCAACCCAGUGGCUGACUCACAAGCGACGCAAGGAGCAGCAUCCAAGGCCAGCCCUGCCAAGUGGAUAGAAAAGGAAGAGGGAAGCCAGCUUGUUCAGUGCCUACUAACAUCUCUCCCGAAGAAAGGCAUUGCCUUGGCUACUAUGACAGGCAAAAACUGAAGCAGAGCAAUCUGACUUCUUUUUCUCAGGUUUUCUUCCCUUGUUGAUCAUCACAUACCUUGAAAAUCAUGCCUGAACAAAGCAAUGAUUACAGGGUGGUGGUAUUUGGAGCAGGAGGAGUUGGCAAGAGUUCACUGGUCCUGAGGUUUGUGAAAGGAACAUUCAGAGACAGUUACAUCCCAACAAUUGAAGACACAUACAGGCAGGUGAUCAGCUGUGAUAAGAGCAUAUGUACUUUGCAGAUUACUGACACAACAGGCAGCCAUCAAUUCCCUGCCAUGCAGCGUUUAUCUAUUUCCAAAGGACACGCUUUCAUUUUGGUCUAUUCUGUCACAAGCCGGCAGUCCUUGGAGGAACUCAAACCUAUCUAUGAACAGAUAUGUCAGAUUAAAGGGGAUAUAGACAGCAUUCCCAUCAUGCUGGUGGGAAAUAAGAAUGAUGAGGACCACAACCGAGAGGUGCAGACACCUGAUGGAGAAGCCAUGGCCAAGAAGUGGAAGUGUGCCUUUAUGGAGACCUCUGCAAAGACAAAUCACAAUGUGAAGGAGUUGUUCCAAGAGCUACUGAACCUGGAGAAACGUCGGACUGUAAGUUUACAGAUCGAUGGCAAAAAAAGUAAGCAGCAGAAAAGAAAAGAGAAGCUGAAAGGCAAGUGUGUCGUCAUGUGAAGGCAGAAAUCUUGGAGCAUCAUCAAGACUUUCUCCUGACUGUACAGGUUUUAUGCCUAUAUAUCGCAUAGUAUGUGAGACUAUUUUAUCAUUGGCUAUUUGGAAAGGAAUAUAGUACAACCAAACACAGUGGAGUAAAUGUACUGUACUAUGUACGAUCAAAAAGUCAUCCUUUUAUAAAUUAGCCAUUCAUAACAAGAGUAGUUCCAAAGAACCAGAGAUACUUAAUUUCAGUGUCCUAGGAAAUAAGGCAUCCAUAAUUAAGAAUUUCCACCAGCAUCACUAUCACAAUAUAAGGAAAAGGAGUUAGUUCUUUAAAGAUUUAUGCUAAUGCUAUCUGUAGAAUUACAAAAAUGCUUCAAAGAUGUGCAUAGAUACACUUCCAAAUGUAUGAAUGUACUGUAUAUACACAUGCAUAAGUUUAGAAAUUUUAUCCAAAAAUUGGCACCAUAGAACUGGGCUGAUUUAUUUAGCUGUCAAUGUAAGUUAUAGCUCCCCGACUUUUGUAAGUUCUUUGGCAUCAUUUUCCUUUUCUCCAUCUUUUGCAUCUUUUGUUACAUGCCCCUAAGUUUUACCCUUGACUUAUUUACAGGUCAUGUCAAGAUCCAUAGUUUUGGCACCUGGACCUGCCCUUGACUUAUACAUGAGGUUGAUAUACAUACGAGUACAUAUACUAAGUAUGUGUAUGUGUAGACACACAUAUAUCAACAUACGUAUAGACACAUAUAUUUGGAAGUGUCUCUAAAUUUAGGGUUAAGGUAAAAUGAUAUUGCUAAAAUGCAAAAUUCUGUAUCUCCUAAAAUGCAGGUGAACAACCCUUGGUCUGUGUGAUGUAUCUCUCACUUUUGUGGUUCAUUGAGCAUCCCAGAAGAGUUUGUCUAUACCCACGGGUAUGGACCAGUCUUCACUCCCUAGUCCCCAUUAACAUGUGGCUCCAAUUGUUUAUUCUUGUCCACAACAUACAUCAUAGUCACUUUGUUUGUUUUUUAUUUAUCCCCUUAUUUUUUCCCUAUCUUUCUCCCAAAAUAGGCCCUCUAUCCAAGACCCUCCAUUUACAAAUAUCUCAUUUCAAACAUUACACAUUAAUAGUCCAAGAUAAUGAGAAAAAGAUUAGGAUGGUGGAUACACUAGGGACCUCAACAUACAGAUAAGACUCCCUCUGUUUCACUGGCAAUCGCCAUCAAAACUGCAGGCUCACAGGGUGCCUUUUUCACCCAUCAUAGGUGGGGAACAGGACAAGACUCACACUGGCACCCUGUCCCCAUCAAACAGGAGGAAGGUUGUCAAUGAGAAUUGCUGCAUUGCCCUUUCCCCCAUCAGAUGGCAAAAAGGAGAGAGGAAUGCCAGUUACCUCUCUGUCGUUGGCGAAGAAACAUCUUGUCAUGCUUCCUUGCCACUUCAGGGAUUAAUGGGGUGGGGCCAGGGGCAAAUGACCCCUGUGUGAUGAGAUGGUAGAAGAGAAACUUACUUUUUUUUUCAAAGGGUACACUCUGCAAGGCAAACUUCUACAGUACUUAACAUGCUAGUGAUAUAUUUUGAUUUCUGUCUUACAACACUCAUGACAAUCUAUUACCUAAAGGAUUUAAAGUUUACAUGAAUAUUUGCAGAACUGCUGUUAGUAAUGGUAAGACAACAUUAUUUACUAUGAAUAACCAUCCAUUGGGGAUAGAGUUUGGCAUUUUUGGGUCCUCAUUUAGCAUCCAGACUAAAUUCCAGGCUGAUUCACUUCUUCAUAGACAAGAAACCACCAGUCAUCAGGGAUUUCAGUACUACAUACUUUAUUGAAACCACUUCCACACUUUAUAUAGGUUAUGCAUAAUUGAUGCCUUCCCCAGAUGAAGGAACCAGUCAAAUACACCUAUUUGAGUCUUCAUCCCACUUCCCAAAAAUGAUUUCAAUUCCCAAAGCUAGAAAUUAUUUCAUUUUCUAUUUUUCCUCUGGAUCACAAUGCACUGAGAAUGCUGUUAGAAAAGGACAUUUUCUAUUUCUAUGCUCUUCCUGAGCAUAAGGAAGGUAUUCGUAUAGUUUUAUAUGAAGUCAGUUCUCUUUCUGACUGGCAGAAAAUGCAUCCACUUUAGCAGGACAAUUAUUCAAUAUGUAACCACAUAAUUGGUUUGUUCCAUUUGGAAGGCGAUGCUUCAACCUAGGAAAGGUUUUUUUUUUUAUCUUUUCCACUUAGGAAUCUAUUCAGAAAACUGGCACACCAAAUGACAGAAAGUGAUGCUUCAACCCAUUUGGAAACUAGGCCAAGAUUUUGCACUGAAGAAUAACUCCAUCAGUGCAGUUUUAUGUUCCCUGCCCUCAUCAGCUGCUGCCAAGGGCCAGAAAGAGCUGGAGAGGCAGAAAGAGGAGGUGAUAUAGGUCAUGAAGAAGCAGUUGGUCUCAGUUUGUGGAGAAAUGAAACAAGGGUGCUUUCGUGGAUGCAGUACAUUUUCCUUCUCCUUCAAGCAGUCGUGUCUUCAUUGCAUGAAUGGCCUCCCAUUGCUUCCCUUUCCCACUGUUAAACAGCAGCAGCAGUUUUGGGACACAGUACCAGAGCAAGAGAAUAAACUCCAGUACCCUGUCCAAAAAGAGACACACAUAUAUGCAUGCAUGUGAUAGCAGGUGCCUUGGAUCAAAUUGUGAAAAGGGUCAGAAAUUCAAGGAUAUUCCGUUUGGCUCCCUGGGGUCUUCAGCCAUCCGUGCUCCCUGCUAUCCCUUCCCCCUUACCUAUUUAUUUGAGUAGUAUGGAAUCCAAUUGGGCCAGCUUCUACACACCUAUGGACAGAGCCAGCCCUAGGUAUUUUUCAAGUGUAGGCGAACAGAAUUUUGGCACCCCCCCCCUCCAAACCAAUCACUGAAAAAUAAAAGCGUUGGAUAAGCAAAAAUGUUUGAUAAUAAGGAGGGAUUAAGGAAAAGCCGAUUAAACAUCAAAUUACAUUAAGAUUUUACAAAUUAAGCACUAAAAUAUCAUGUUUUACAACAAAUCAACAGAAAAAGCAGUUCAAUACCUUACAGAGGCAGGCCGCAGGAGACAGGAGUUGCUUCGAUGGCGCCACCAAUAAGAUGGCGCCACAGGCAAAUGCCUAGUUGGCCUGGUGGUUGAACCGCCUCUGCCUAUGGAACUAUUAUUUUCACAAUAUUUCCUCCGUAUCCCAAACCAUACAUGCACAUGAUAGCCACAUCAAGAGCUGGCCAGAUGGACAAAACCUCAUGCUAAAGGUUACUACUCUGUGGUGUUCAUGAUCACUUUUUUAAAUAGUUAGACUUGGAGUAUAGCUAGUUUCAAGAAACUAGCUAUACUCCAAGUCUCUCACUACUUAAAAGAGUGAUCAUGAUUUUCUGUUGCCUAUUGCUGGUUAAGCAAGGUACCCAUCUUAAAUUUUGAGAAUAUCUUUUAUAUCAUUAGGUAUAGUUUUAUUCUUCUUGAUUUGGCUCCCUUCACCAUGACUAUCUUGGACAGGAGCAUGUGGGAAAGGGUUUCACACCAACCUACUCAUACUUGGAGUAGAGUCACUAACUUCAAUGGCAUUUAAAUUAGUCAAGAGUAAAUCAAGUCUCAAUGGGUUUGCUCACUUUGAAUACAGCUAAAUGUUUUUGUCUAGUGGCAGUACAUUCACAUUAAUGCUAAAGCACCAAGGAUCAAUGGGUGACCUCUGCAGUACAGAGGGAGUGUAGUACAGUAAAGUGAGACCUUGGUUUUCACUGGAAUUUGGUCCUAGGACACCCCCUCCCCCCCAAAAAAAAUUCAUGGAUGGCCAAGUCCCAUUAUAUACUAUGGAAUAAUCAAAUGGUGUCCCUAUAUAAAACGGCAAAAUCAAGAUUAGCUUUGGUGCAUUAAACAUAUUUUCAAGCUGUGGAUGGUUGAAUCUGUAGAUAUAGUAGGUCAGCUAUUUAGUAGUUCUAAAAUAGAAUAGCAGACAGCAGAAGAAGGAGGAGCUUUAGCAAUGUGACACAAGGUGUUUCUGGAUGUAUGGAGGGGGCUUGGUUAAAGAUCCCUGCGUGGCAACUGUGAUGUAUUUAUUUCUCUACUACAUUUAUAUCCCGCCCUUCUCACCCCAAAAGGGGGACUCACAGAAAGGCAGCAAUUUGAUGCCAUAAAUAUACAUACAUACAGUAAAAAAAAUAAACAUAUACUGUACAUUAAAGCCAAAAAACAACAGCAAUAUUAAGACAAUAAUUAAAAUCAAGCCAUCUAGAGUCAAAUCCAAGGCCAUUCCAUUAGUCAUUCUACAUUUUCAUGAUGUUGCAAGGGUGCUCUGUUCUCAUCAUCAGAACAUCAGAGGGUUUGUAACUGUGAGCUGUACCACAAAAUAUCCUUGUUCCAGAAGAACUACCAGUAAAUCUUUAUGAAAAUACUUCAGAACAUUUUUACCUGGAUAGGUCAUAGGCUGAAUGGGGGUGGGGGUGGGGUGGACUUCAUCCUUCUCUCUUACUCAAGCCACUCUGCAAUUUUCUCUCUUACAAAUAUGCAUCAUCUCCCAAGAGAAAGCUGGUACAAAUCCUUCUUAACUUCAUUGCAGCUUAUAUAAUGGGAAGAAAGGUUCAGUUUGCCUUAUCCUGAAAUGCUCUCAGUGAUUGCAGUCCUAAUCCAUUUGUAGCAAUCCGAAGAAUCAAAUUCAAACAUUGAGCUGAUCUAUUUCAAACUAGUUUCAGAUAAUUUUGCAUGUAAAGACCUGUCCUGUAAGUCAUGGGAGGUGGGGCUGGUCUGAUAUUAUGCUGUUGUUCCAUGUACAACCCCCUUUUUGUCAUAAUAUAAUAAGCCAUGGUUAAUGUUUCAUGUCCUUGCAUUUUAUCAGUGCAGGGCUUGUAGACAAGCAAUAUUUAUUCCUGGGCCAGUAAUUUUAAGGAGGAUACAUUUUAUAAUAUAGCCUUCUGUUGUCCUUGUAAUUUAUAAUAGGUUUUGCAUAUAUAUGUGUUUAUCAAAAUAUUUGUUCUGCUUUGCUAUUACUGAUACAAGUUUUUUUAAAUUAUAUAUAUAUAGAAAAGAGAGAAAGGGAAGGAAAUCUUGGGGAAAAUAAUUAUACAGCUUUAUUAUAUUUUGUGGUUUAUUUCUAAGUGCAAUAGUAAUAGACAUGAAUUGUUUAAAAAUGUAUGUACACAAAAGGAUGACCUGUUCAAAAAUUUCAAAGAAUUUUAGCAUCGUGGCAACAUUAAAUUGAUAAGUAUGCUGCUCACAAAGCAUGAAUUUUCUAUACAUGAGCAAACUCUUAAGAUAUAUGUUUAGUGUAAUUUAUUGUUGCAGUUUCAUUAUCUAGUUAUCAUGUAAUUCAUGUAUAAGUUUAAUGUGAUAUUCUGUAUAUAAGAUAUGGAAAAUAAACAUUUUAAAUUACAAA